AUGGGAUUAUUCAACAAUAUUGUGGAUAAGGUCAAAAGCCUAUUCCAAGCGAAGGAGAAGGAUCACAUCGAAAACAUGUCACCCCCACAAGGAAGUCUAUGGUCUGGAGGGUACCGUCCAAAUUCAAAUAGCCCAAAAACUAACAACACCUAUUUUACCAAAAGCAAAGGGUCCAGAGAAGCAAGAAAACCGUUGGGAGAAGCCAACUUGAACAUUCAAGGCUCAAUGCCGGCGAAGAAAGAGGGUUUCAACCGUGUGCUGGACGGUUUGAAAAAACGUCAGUUACAGCAUGACUUCAAAUUGGAGCGAGCUGCAGAAACAUAUGAACCAAUCCAGAAUAUUGGGUCAGGAGCGUUUGGAAUUGUUUGUGAAGCUGUGGAAACUUCCAGUGAUUAUAAAGUUGCCAUUAAGAAGGUUGCUCAUGCAUCGGCCACACCAACCCUUGCCAGACGUACACUUCGUGAAAUACGUGUUCUUCGCUACAUUGAUCAUCCAAAUAUUGUGACACUACGUGAUAUCUUCAGAACCCAAGGUCCACUUGGAAUCGAUGUCUUUCUUGUGAUGGAUCUCAUGCAAAACAACCUUCAUCACAUUAUUUAUGGAAAUGAGGAACCAUUGGAUGAAUACUAUAUCAACCAAUUUCUAGGACAGCUUUUGCGAGGAUUGGAGUAUCUUCAUGUCGCCUCGAUUGCUCACAGAGAUUUAAAACCAUCUAACCUACUUGUCAACCAAGAUGGUACUCUCCGGAUAGCUGAUUUCGGAAUGGCUAAAUUCACAGACAACAGUUCGAAGAAACACGAUGACGAGGAACAUUGUUACUAUAUGACUCAACAUGUCGCCACACUUCCAUACAGAGCUCCAGAACUCUUGUUUGUCCUGCCAGAACACUCAACUGCGGUUGACAUGUGGGCGGUUGGAUGUAUCUUUGGAGAGAUGGUCACCAGAAAUGAGUUGUUACCUGGAAGAAGUGUGCAAGGACAGAUCAAAAUGCUUCUGACAAUGUUGGGACAUCCACCACAACAUGUCAUUGAUGAGGUCCGAUGUGAUCGUACGCGAAAACUGAUUCAGGACUAUGGUAGGAAAGCAGAUGCCGAAUGGGAUGAUAUUAUGUUCUGCAAAGCUAGAGGAGAGAAUCAAAUCGUUCGUGGUAACUGUGAUACGAUUGAUUUCGUAAAACAAUUGUUCCAAUACGAUGCAACAAGACGCAUCAGCAUUCAAGAAGCAUUGGCUCAUCCAUACAUUCAAAGAGUUGUUGAGCCAAUGGGAUCACAGAAAAAGUGUCCGUUCAGAGUGAAGAAAGACAUGAUGCAAGUUGAAGAUCUGAGUCAUCAAGAUCUGAUUGAAAUCAUGAAGCAAGAUGUUCGAUCAGCGGAGAACACUUAUAAUGAAAUGCGCUCUGGAGAUUCGACAGGAAGCCACAGUUCGGAUACCUCAACGGACACGAGCGGAGAAUACCCCCCUAUUGUGCAGCAUGAGCAACUAAUGGAAGACGUGGCUACACAAAUCUCAAUUUGUGAGCCGUCAUCUUUGUAA